CUCCCCGGCCAGGGCCCUACUUACUGACGCCGGGCCAGGCUCGCGAGGGAGGUCGGAGCCCGUGCGCGGGCGGGCAGCGCUGGCCGGCUGCCCCCGGCACCCGCGCCGCGCCGGGCCAUGCUGCCGCUGCUGCUGCUCCUGCUGGUGCCGGGGGGCAUAGCCCGCGCGCUGUCUCCAGAAUCUGCUUCCCAAUUACCAGCACCACAAAAUGUGACAAUUGAUUCACGUAACUUUUAUAACUUACUGAGAUGGGCUCCUGUUCAAGUGGAGAAGGAUCCAGUGUUCUAUACAGUCCAGUAUAAAACGCAGUCCUAUGACAAGUGGGGUGAAAUUAACUGUACACAUAUUGCAGAGACUAAAUGCAAUUUCACAAGUACAGAAAUCCAGAGCCACUGGAUAACUUUUUUCCGUGUUAGAAGCGAGCUAGAAGACAUGCAGUCUGACUGGGUGGAAACAGAUGCUUUUAUGGCAGCGAAAGACACUAUUGUGGGGCCUCUGACAUUGAAAGAUGUGGUUUCAAAUCCUGAUUCACUUCUCCUUAAUUUCUUGCCACCUCUUGGGAAGGUAACCUCUAUCUUUGACGUUGAAUACCUUGUGCACUACUGGGAGAAAUCAACAGCUAUAAAAAAAACAAUUACAACCCGCAAUACACAGGUCGAACUUCAAAAUCUGAGGCAAUUGACAGAGUACUGUUUUCAAAUACAAGCAGCUGUCAAGCAUUCAUUAAGGUCUUACAGCUGUGGAUUAUUAAGCAACACCUCUUGUCACCAAACUACAAUGAGCGAUGGGACGAAAGCUGGAUAUAUUCUGCUAAUAUUUGUAGUCACAAUUAUUGUGGUGGUCGGUGUAGCCAUGGUGUUUUUUUAUUUAGGGAAUUUUAAUGAAGCAAUUAAAGCAUGGUCACAGCCAUCUUUAAAAAUCCCAUCACAUAUUGAAGAGUAUUUAAAUGAUCCUGACAUGCCUGUUUUUGAGGACUGGGAGAAUACUUGUGUUGAAGUAGAUCACUGGGACUCCUUGUCAGUUGUCUCCAAGGCAGAAGGAAGCCAAACAGAAGCCUGAACAGAAAUACUCAAACAGCACAUCCACUGCAAGUAAAAUAACAUAAGUGACACUGUGGCUGAUGUGUUUGUACCUGGACUACACAAGGGUAUCAGCAGUGGCAUUGUACUGAUGCUAUUUAAGGAUGAAGGACAAAGUCAACUUAAAUUGCACAAGACAUGACACCCUGAAACCUGAGCCUAAGUGGCUUCUAUAUCAAAUAAUGUGAAGUACCUUCUACAGGAAAGACUCUCUUUGGCUGUUUUUAAAGUCACAAAUGUGAACUGAAAGAAAACACUAAGCAUGAAAGCAAUAAACAUGAUUGGAACAGAAUGACUGCAAAAUAUUGCGGUAACAAGGUUACUUUCACAUACAUUUUUGUUGCUGAUCUCAAAGUCUGUCUGGACUAUAACAAUUUUUUGAGGUUGUUAGCACUUUAUGGUGGGAUGUAUAGUAUGCUCUACAGUAGGGUUGGCAAGCCAGUCAGUUGACCGGGCACAUGUUGUUAACUGGCCAGCCAAUUGAAUGCGUAUUUUUGACCAAGGAUUUUUAAGUUUAACAAAAAAAACCCUUACAUUUGUUAGUAGUUUUCUUGACAGAGAUACUAUUUUUUUUUUUUUAUUUGUUGACAUUUCUUAAUGGAAAACUUAUGCUUUUUCUGUGUGUUAUUUGGACCUGUUAGCAAUUUUUUACAAUUUUUGAUCCAUACUUGACCAGUAAAUUGACCAAACUUUAUUUGACUGGUCAAAUACUCAACCCUACUCUAUAGUAAUUAAAUGAAUUAUUGUACCAUGCCUGGCUGUUAUCUUGGCCAUUGUUUUGUUAGCUCCAUACAUAAAAAUGUCUCUGACUUAACACAAGCAAUAAGGAAAUGGUAUUUGAAAUUUCAAGCAUGUAAAAAUUAACUUAAGUAUGGUAGCCUUGAUUUAAUGGAAAUAAUAUGCAUGGUAGAGUACCAUACUAAGAAAAAGUGUGUGUCAAUAAAAGGUCGAGAUCUGUAUGAUUUUGAAGAAAAAGCAGAAGAUACUUCACUUAUAAGUAUGAGACGGGAGCUCAUGACGGAUGCUGGCAGGUUCAUUUCUCCCCUGAGUUCCUUGUGAUGUUUUCACAAGUAUGGCAUUAAUCUCUGCUCUAAAGAGGAGCUCUCUCUCUGCAAGCAUUGCAUCUUUUAAGCUGAAGUGAUACUCUGAAAGUUUGGGGAUUUUUUUUUUUAACCUUAAUGAACUUGCCAAUUGUAAAUACUUUCCUAAAUAGGAGACACUAAGACUGUCUAUACACAUGCUUGGGGGGGGGGGGGGGGGGGUACAUUUUAAUUAGAGCAGCUCUCCAGGAACUGCUCUAAUUAAAACACUGUAGUGUCACAUGUAGUAUUCCUCCACACGUUUGAAAAUGGCUGUGUGAUACUUUAACUAAAGGUCAUUCAGUGAGCUUUAGUUAAAGCACCCCAUGGCCGUUUUGAAAUGCAAGGGGGUUUAAUACAUGUGACACCAUGGCAAUGCUACAGUGUUCUAAUUAGAAUGCAUUGGAGCGCAUCUAUAGGCAGCCCAAAAGAGAUAUUUGUUACCAGGAUAGACCAGCAACAAGCAGUUAGCCAAGGUAAGUUUUAGCAUGCACAAAGCAAGCUUUUCUUCGUUCCUACUGUCUGCUGGCUCUAGGUAAAUCCUAUACUGAACUCAUUUAAGUGUAUACAGUGAUUCUUAAAGCUUCUGUCCUGGCUGCUAGUGCCCCUGUGAGAUUUGAAGUUGUCUAAGGGAUGAAGCAUCGAAAAAAAUCUUUACACCACUUUGUUGUACAUACGACAAAACCAAGUUGUAGGAUUUUUAACAGCAAGUUUUAGGGUAUCUGUAUUUUUUUUUCUCAUUUUACAAUAUUUUGUUAUUGAUAAACCAGUUAAUAAAUAUUUUCUUUGUGAAAUGG